UCUCUUUACAGCUGCUCUCUGAAGCAUUAAAUACAAAAUAACAGAAAAUCACUGAAUUACUAUUUUAGACUGCACAGGUUUCCAUUAUUUAUACAGAAAUGUAGCCAGACCCAUGUUUAGUUUUAGAGCUAUGAUCAAUAAUUCAUGAUUAUACCAUUUAGUUAAGCCUGAGUGCAGGUUAGGGUUUUUGCAGUAAUGAUGAUGGCUCAUUUUACUUAAAGGCCUGAAGAAUACAUGAUUUUGAUGUGAAAAUGGCCAAUCAGGUACUGCAUGAUGUUUACAGAGUGAAAAAGCAAGGUUAAAAGGGCUUAUCAAGUACUUUUAUAUAAGUUUUGUACUCUCAAAUAGUCUGAAAUAUGCAGUACUGCAAAGUACUGUCUGAACAAAAUAUGACUGAAAACAAGAAUCAGCCACCCAUAACCACAGACUAAAAAAAGCCUGUGCUUUAAGAUGAAUACAGUGUGCACUGUGAAAAAUGGUAAACCUAAACCUUAGUCCUAAGUUUCAUUUCCCCCUACAGGCCAAUCAGAAAUGAAAGUACAUGCUACACCGAUGGUCGCCCAGGCCUCCCCAAGUUGUGUUGCUUUACUGAACCAUGAACACAACCGGACAUUUUCUAUCAUCUUAAAGGAUUCCUGUAAUCCUAGCACCUGUUCGCCAAUCACUUAUUAUCACAUACAGUGGCUAUCAGACCAGGCUUUGUAAAGGGUAGAGGAUUUGAAUGUGUGUGGUUCGUGACAAAUGGGAAGUGAAGCUGGUUAAUAAUACACACGACGGGCUAAUGUAGCCAUCUGUUACUUUCACUACUUUGCCCAGCACAAUAUCGAACAACUUAUCAUCAAUGUUACAUUUCUCUUGUGUGCUCAAUCCAACCUGACAACCUCUUCCGCAUCUCUCAUGUGAAUAUGUUCUUCCAGCUGAUGUAUGUGUCACUGUUGGGCCUGUGGUGUUGUCUCUACAUAUCAACGGCAAGAAUUGUGUACCCCAAAACCCUGCCGUGUGAUGUUGUUGAGGAUGAGAAUGGUAGCGUGGUGAGAGUGGACUGCACUAAGAGGAACCUCAAAUAUGUUCCCCUUGGCAUCCCAAGUGAAACUACCAACCUGACUCUUACCAUUAACCAUAUUCCUACACUAAACUCCACCUCCUUUCAUGGUCUGGAUAACCUGACGGAGAUUGACAUGAGGUGCAACUGUGUGCCUGUCAAAAUCGGCCCCAAGGACCACGUUUGUGUCAAGAGUGUGACAAUAGAGGAACAUACCUUCUCAAGCCUGAAGAAUCUGCGGGCACUGUAUCUAGAUGGAAAUCAGCUCGACAGCAUCCCCGAAGACCUGCCAUCAAACCUGAUCUUACUGAGCUUGGAAGUCAAUCACAUUUAUAAACUUUCUAAAGCAAAUCUUUCCGGCAUCCGAAAUAUUGAGAUCCUUUACCUUGGUCAAAACUGCUAUUUUCGUAACCCAUGCAAUAACUCCUAUGAUAUAGAGAACGGUGCAUUUUCACAGCUUAUCAAUUUAACACUGUUGUCUCUUAAGUCAAAUAACUUAUCCAACAUUCCACAUGAGUUACCCACAAGUCUAAAGGAGUUGUAUCUGUACAACAAUAACAUUAGAGAAGUCACAGAGGAGGAUUUCAAAAACUUAACAAAUCUUGAGAUUCUGGAUAUUAGUGGAAACUGUCCUCGGUGUUAUAACGCCCCUUAUCCAUGUAAUCCAUGCCCAAAUAACUCACCGCUUCAAAUUGCUGACACAGCUUUUAAAAUGCUGGCAAAACUAAAAAUCCUGCGGAUCCACAGCAACUCUCUGAAAUUUGUGGCACCUCAAUGGUUUAUCAACACGACAGAGCUAAGAAUACUCGAUCUGUCAUCUAACUUCUUAGCAAGAGCAAUAGUGGAUGCUGCUUUUCCACAGUUCCUUGGUAAACUGGAAGAACUGGACCUUUCAUUUAACUAUGAGCUUCAGAUAUACCCUCAAACACUGAAACUGAGCAAGCAGUUCUCAAACCUCACUUCACUUAAAAUUCUCAGGUUGAAGGGCUAUGUGUUUCAGCAGCUACAGCCAGAGAGCAUUGAACCUUUGAAAUUUUUACCAAAACUAGAAGUUGUAGAUUUGGGAACAAAUUUUAUUAAAAUCACAAAUCUUAGUAUUCUGAUGGAAUUGAAAAGCUUCAAAAUAAUUAGCCUGUCAGACAACAAAAUAUCUUCCCCCUCUGAUGGGGAAGACACUGUUGGUUUAUCUGGAGGUGAGCCCUUGUACUGGUCUCCUAUGCCUACCGCUGAGCAAUACAAAAGUAGAGAAGUCAGAGAGAUUCAUUACUUCAGAUAUGACGAAUACGCUCGCAGCUGCAAAUACAAAGAUAAAGAACUGGGAACUGUUACGUCUUUUGUCAAAAAGAAAUGCAGUCAGUUUGGCAAAACCCUAGAUGUGAGCAGAAACAACAUUUUCUUCUUACAUUCAAGAUUUUUAAAUCUUAAAGAGCUCAGAUGUCUCAAUCUGUCUGGGAAUGCAAUGAGCCAAAGUCUGAAUGGCUCUGAAUUCACCUAUCUGACAAACUUAAAAUACCUAGAUUUUUCCUCAAAUCGCCUGGACCUACUCUAUCCCACUGCCUUCCAAGAGCUGAAAAAUCUGGUUAUUUUGGAUAUAAGUAAUAACAACCACUACUUUGAAUCAGAGGGCUUGACACACAUGCUUAAUUUCACUAAGAAUUUAAAACAUCUCAAGAUACUGCUGAUGAACAACAACAAGAUCUCCACCUCUACUAACACAGAGCUGGAGAGUGAAUCUCUUCAGAGGUUAGAGUUCAGAGAUAACCGAUUAGAUAUGCUGUGGAGAGACGGGGAUACCAGGUAUGUCAAUUAUUUCAAAAAAUUAAGAAAUCUGACUGUCCUUGACAUCUCUCAUAACAACCUUAAAGAUAUUCCAAGAGAGGUGUACAGCGGUUUACCUGAUAAACUGUCUGAGCUCUACAUCAGAGGUAACACACUAAAAUCUUUUAGAUGGGGGGAACUAAAACUUCUGCUUUCUUUGCAGGUUUUAGAUCUAACCGGAAACUAUUUAACUACUGUUCCGCAUAUGCUGUCAAACUGUACCAGAUCUCUCAAGAAGCUCAUUUUACAUAAUAAUAAAAUCUUCAAAUUAACACCAGAUUUCCUCAAAGGCGCCUACAGUUUAACAUAUCUGGAUCUUAGCUAUAAUGUCAUAGAAUACAUAGAAGAGUCUAGUUUCCCUGAUGAUGUUGUUAAUAAAAUGCAUAAAUUGCUUUUGCACAAUAAUAGAUUUCAGUGCAACUGCAAUGCCACGUUAUUCAUCCAGUGGCUUAACAGGACCACAGUGACCAUCCCCAAACUGGGAACAGAUGUUAGAUGUGCCUAUCCUGAAGCAAAGAGAGGUGAUCUUGUUAUCUCAGCUAACUUGUUGGCUUGUCAGCACCGCUACCUGUCACUCAUCCUCUGCACCCUCAUGACUUCAAUUAUUGUCAGCUUUGUCACCCUCUCGAUCUCUAGCCAUCUCUUCCUAUGGGACAUCUGGUACAUCUACCACUUCUGUAGAGCCAAACUCAAAAACUAUGGCCGCCUACACUCCCAGAGUUCCCUCUUCGAUGCUUUUGUGAUAUACGACAAGACAGAUCCUGCAGUAUCAGAGUGGGUCAUGAAAGAAAUGUGCGUUCACCUGGAGGACCACGGCGAGCGUCGUCUCUCGCUGUGUUUGGAGGAACGUGACUGGAUCCCCGGGUGUCCCCUGAUUGAUAACCUCUCCCAGAGCAUCAACAAGAGCAAGAGGACUGUAUUUAUUCUUACCAAUAAAUACAUUCAAAGUGGAAACUUCAAGAUAGCUUUCUACAUGGCCCAUCAAAGGCUGAUGGAUGAAAAAGAUGACGUUAUAGUGCUGAUCUUCUUGGAGAAAGUACCAUGUAAUUCAAAGUACCUCAGAUUAAGAAAAAGACUGUAUAGUCGCUCCGUUUUACAGUGGCCAUCAAACCCUCAAGCCCAGCCAUACUUCUGGUUCAGCCUAAAAAAUGUGUUAGCCACUGAAAGUCACAAACAGUACAACAACCUCUUCAAAGAGAUAUUGUAAAUUUACUGUAAAUUGUUUUUGAGAC